CAAAAAUCACAAGAUGGAUUUGGACUUACCACUCUCCUCCUCCGUUUCCAACGAGGACGCCGGCGACACGCAGACCCUAACUGGCCGCGCCGUCUGCCACGCCGGCUGCGGCCGCCCGUCCCGCGUCUGCCUCUGCCCGCACCUGCCGCCGUCCCCGCUCCGCACAUCCGCCACCGUCGUCGUCCUCCACCACCCCCACGCCCUCCGCCGCAACCCGCUCUCCACCCUCCCCCUCCUCGCCCGCUGCCUCGCCAACCUCCACCUCCUCCCCGGCCGCCGCCUCCGCCCUUCCUCCACCCCGCUCCUUUCCAGUACUCCCUCCCCAAACCCCGUCCUCCUCCUCUUCCCCUCACCCGCCGCCGCCGACCUCGCCUCCUGGUGCCGGUCCACGCCUCCCUCCGCUCGCGCCAAUCCCACCCUCCUCCUCCUCGAUGGCACCUGGCAGCAGGCCAAGGAGAUGCACACCGCCAGCCUCCCGUUCCUCUCCUCCUUCGUCGUCCCCGUCUCCCUGCCCGUCGACAGCGGCGUCGACGGGGACAGCAUGUUCGAGUCGGAGCUAGUGGUCAAGAAGGAGCCGCAUAAGGGCUGCAUGAGCACAAUGGAGGCAGCCGCAAGGGCGCUGCGCCUGCUGGAGCCGGAGGGAAGGGGCGCGGAGAUCGAGGGGACGAUGCACUAG